CGAAGCUAUCGUGGUCCUCGUUGGUUGUAGCGAUUCGGUAGUCUCAUAGCAAACCUAUCCUACCAAAGGACGGACAUGGCCAGCAUCUCCCACUUGCGGGUCAUUGCUCGGCCCUUACUAGUCAUUUCCACCUUCACUUUGGCUUUGAUAGUUUGGUUAAACUUAAAUGUAAGCAAUGUUACCAAUUCUAUUUUCGACUACGGUAAUCCAUCAAAAAUUCAGCUGACUUUAACUGAUUCAGCAAGCCUUCUUGAGCCAAUAUCGCAAAAAACGCGUGGUAAUAAACAAGAUCAAAAUCUAAGUGAAGUGGCCGUGAAUGAAUCCUCCCAGCCGUCAGUUGCUCAUCAGUCGCCUAGUGUUACGCAACUAUGUCCUCUUAUUUCCCCUGAAUUAGUUGGCUGGACGAACAUUUCCCUGGAGAAGAUAAACACCAUUCGAAACGAGGCUGAAAUGGAAUUGAUAGAAGCUGGACUCGAAGCUGGUGGAAGAUAUCAACCAAAAGAUUGCCAAUCACGACAUAAAGUCGCUAUCGUCGUGCCGUACCGAGACAGGAAAGAUCAUCUGACUGUUUUCUUACGUUACCUGCAUCCUUUCUUGCAGCGACAGCAACUCAACUAUGUCAUUAUCGUUGUUGAGCAAUCCAACAGUUCGUCGUUCAACAGAGGAAUGUUAAUGAAUAUCGGUUUUAAUGAAGCUCAGUUGCAAGAAGAAUUUCACUGUUUCAUCUUUCACGAUGUCGAUUUCCUACCGGAGGAUGACGGUAAUCCCUACACCUGUCCGCAAGAAGGAAAACCCAGGCAAAUGUCAUUCUCCAUAGAUUACUGGGACAAUUACAAACCGACACCUGCCAGCCAUUUCGGAGGAGUUACUGCUUUUUCUACAAAUGAUUUCCGAAAAAUCAAUGGCUUUUCCAAUUCUUUUUGGGGCUGGGGUGGCGAAGAUGAUCAGUUAUAUCAACGUGUACGGUUCAAUAAGCUAAUCGUGACUAGAGCUUACGAGGACCAGCCAUCGCUUGUCCGUCUCGUUCGAUACAAAACAUUGUCGCACAAAAAAGCUGAGCCUAAUCCAGAGCGGAAAUUAGUGCUGAAGGAAGGCUCGGUGCGAUUUCAAACAGACGGUCUAAACGAUCUUCGAUACAAUAGACUCAGUUUUGAAUUGAAACCCCUUUAUACUCACAUUAUUGUUGAUAUUCAACCGUAUGGUGGCCGUAAUAUGUCAAGCGUAUUGUAACUUGUAAGAAUCCCUGUAAAUCUUAAAAUUCGCUGUUUCAUUUGAAUGUUAUGGAAAUAUAAGCCGGUGAUUGUGUUCCUGAA